GUGUGUAUGAGCGCGCGAGUCCCAGAGGCAGCUGUGUGCGCGCGCGAUUCCUCUGACAGGCGCAACUCGAGCACACGAACAGACAACAGCUGAAAAACAAACAAACAAAACAAACAACAAACAAACAAAUCGGAGCGCCCCGCUGGCGGAUUAACACCGGGAGAGAAAAGGAUUAUUCUGGGAAUUGUUUUUUUGUUGGAGCAUGUAAACGCGCAGACUCCGGUGGAAGAUGACAAACAGCCGCGCGGAGAGCGAGCUCACGCGCACGGAACCGGAUUGUGCCCGCGCGGAGCGGCGCUCGCGGAGUGCGCCGAGGCCCCAGCUGUGCCCGCUGCUGCCAGAUGUGCCGUUAGCUUAGCAUAAACCCAUAAAGACUGUACCGGAUAUAGCGCGUUAGGUUUUAGCCAGUGUGUGUUUUUACGUGAUUGUCACUUUAUCCUCUCACUCUCUCACAUAUUCUGACUAGAAAUGCAAAAUCCGAUUAGCAUAACCGCUAGGCAGUUAGUUUGGCUAAUCACAGCUAGCCAAUUAGCAUAACCGCAGGCAUCUGGUGUGUAAGCUUAGCCGGCUAAUCACAGUUAGCUUAGCUAGCUGGACAAUUCCUCAAUAUCCGAUUAGCUCGGCUAAUUAGGCGAUUAGCAUAACCGUGGGCAGCUAGUGGGAGCUAAUCACGGUUAGCCAAUUAAACCUACUCACUAAAAGUCAGUCAGAGGAGAAGCUGAGGGGAAAAACUCGAAAGGAUUUAAUUCAGUUAAAUAGUCAUAUCCAGGUCGUGUCGCUGGUUACUAAGUUAGUUAGUUAGCCGGUUGCUAGCUCCUGUAGAGCGGUGUGAGCGGGCUGCACUGAGCGCGCAGGCCGAUGAGGAGAGCCCAAACCCGGGCACGGGCCACGGCGUCGCUCCGCAGGCAUGCAGCAGCCCGGAUACGACUUCUCCAGCGAGGAGAACAGCUCCAGGUGGAGAGGCCUGUUCGUGCCGGCGCUCAGGAAGGUGCAGUUACAGGUGCAUCCAAAUCUGUCAGCUAAUGAAGAUGCUCUACAGCACAUUGAGGAGCUCAUCCUGCAGCUGCUCAACAUGUUGUGUGUCAGUCAGCCCCGAACUGUGUCUGACGUGGAGGAGCGCAUCCAGAAGACGUUCCCGUACCCCAUAGAUAAGUGGGCCAUGUCCGACGCCCAGUCUGCUAUAGAGAAGCGCAAGCGCAGGAACCCUCUCCUGUUCCCUAUGGACAAGAUUCACCCUUUACUCAAGGAGGUGUUGGGCUAUAAGAUCGAUUAUCACGUCUCUCUGUACAUCGUGGCCGUGUUAGAGUACAUCUCAGCCGACAUCCUUAAACUGGCUGGGAAUUAUGUGGGAAAUAUCCGGCACUAUGAGAUCACCCAGCAGGACAUAAAAGUCUCCAUGUGUGCAGAUAAGGUGCUGAUGGACAUGUUUGAUCAGGAGGAGGUGGGUCUGGUGUCUCAGUGUUCAGAGGAAAACUCCACCACAGGUGUGAUGAACUACGAUGACCUGGUGCGGUUGGAGAUGGCUGAGGAACGUCAGUACCUGCGUGAUCUUGACCUCAUCAUUAAAGUGUUCCGCAGAGCCUUCCUGUCCAGUAGCAAGCUGUUCAGCCCACAGGAUGUGGAGAUGGUGUUCAGUAACAUUCUGGAGGUUCAUGAGCUGACAGUGAAGUUGUUAGGUCUGAUUGAAGACGCAGUUGAGAUGACAGAAGAUGGGAGUCCUCACCCUCUGGUUGGCAGCUGUUUUGAAGACCUUGCUGAGGAACAAGCCUUUGACCCAUACGAGACUCUCUCCCAGGACAUUCUCUCCAAAGAGUUCCAUGAUCACUUCAGUAACCUGAUAUCCCGCCCCACUGUGGCUCUGCACUUCCAGUCCAUUGCUGAGGGUUUUAAGGAGGCCGUGCAGCAUGUUCUUCCCCAGCUGAUGAUGAUACCUGUUUAUCACUGCAUGCACUACUUUGAAUUACUGCAGCAACUGCAGGAGCGGAGUCAAGACCAUGAUGACCGGGAGCACCUGAAACAGGCUCAGACAGCUCUGCUGAACCUGCAGAGCAGCAUCGAGCGCAUCUACAGCAAACACCAUCCCCGCCGCAAAACAGGUGAACCUCUGUAUUGGCUGUAUAGCCGAACGAUUCGCAGUAAACAUCUGGCCAUAAAGCGCAUGAGUGAAAUCCAGAGGAGCAUCGAUGGCUGGGAAGGCCGAGACAUUGGUCAGUGCUGCAGCCAGUUCAUCCUGGAGGGGCUCCUGGUACGCACCGGUGCCAAGCACGAACGCUACAACUUCUUGUUUGAUGGGCUGAUGAUUAGCUGCAAGGCCAAUCAGAGCUCUCGAAUGCCAGGGGCGGAGUUCAGGCUGAAGGAGAAGUUUGUGCUGCGUAAGUACCGUGUGGUGGACCGCGAGGACACGUCGGACCUGCGCUUUGCCUUUGAGCUGGUGGGGCGCGAUGAGGGCGGGGCCGUGUUCUCCGCACGCUCAGCUGAGGAGAAGAGCGCGUGGAUGUCGGCACUCUUCAUGCUGCAGUGUCGAAGCACUCUGGACCGAAUGCUGGACGCCGAACUGCAGAAGGAGGAGGAGGAGCAGCCGUUGCGUUUGCCGUCUCCUGAUGUGUACCGCUUCACCGAGCGUGACUUGGAGGAGAACAUCGUGUUUGAGGAGCACAUGCAGCGCAAAACCGGCAUUCCCAUCAUCAAAGCGGGGACUGUGGAAAAGCUGAUCGAGAGACUCACGUACCACAUGUAUGCAGAUCCUAAUUUUGUGCGCACUUUUUUGACGACGUAUCGUUCAUUCUGCAAACCACAGGACCUCCUCACACUCCUCAUCGAAAGGUUUGAGAUACCUGAGCCUGAACAGUCGGAGGCGGAGCUUGAGUCGAUGUGGAACGGGGAUCAGCCAAUGGCAGCCGAGCUCCAGAGAUUCCGAAGAGAAUAUGUGCAACCUGUCCAGCUCAGGGUUCUAAAUGUGUUCCGUCAGUGGGUGGAGCAUCAUUUCUAUGACUUUGAGAAUGACCCAGAACUACGCAUCAGACUGGAGGAUUACAUCACCAAAUCAAUGCAGCUCAGAGGAAAGUCUGUGCGUAAGUGGGUGGUGUCCAUCAGUAAGAUCAUUAAGCGUAAGAUGCAGACGCAGCCAAAUGGCAUCAGUCAUAACAUCACCUUUGAGGUUCCACCUCCUCCUGUCGAGUGGCACAUCAGCCGCCCUGGCCAGAUCGACACCUUUGACCUCAUGACCCUUCACCCCAUUGAGAUCGCACGCCAGCUCACACUGCUGGAGUCUUACCUGUACAGGGCUGUGCGUCCAUCUGAGUUAGUGGGCAGUGUAUGGACUAAAGAAGAUAAAGAGAAGAACUCCCCCAACCUGCUAAGGAUGAUCCGACACACCACCAACCUCACACUCUGGUUUGAGAAGUGUGUGGUGGAGGCAGAGAAUUUGGAGGAGCGUGUAGCAGUGAUGAUCAGGAUAAUUGAGAUUCUCCAGGUUUUCCAGGAGCUGAACAACUUUAAUGGUGUUUUAGAGAUUGUUAGCGCCAUCAAUUCUGUACCCGUUUACCGCCUGGAGCACACUUUUGAGGCUGUGCCGGAGAGGAAGAAAAGGAUCCUGGAGGAGGCAGUGGAGCUCAGUCAGGAUCAUUUUAAAAAGUAUCUGGCCAAACUCAAGUCCAUCAACCCACCCUGUGUGCCAUUCUUUGGUAUCUACCUGACCAACAUCCUGAAAACGGAGGAGGGGAACCCGGACUUCCUGAAGCGUCACGGUAAAGAGCUAAUCAACUUCAGCAAGAGACGCAAAGUAGCCGAGAUCACGGGCGAGAUCCAGCAGUACCAGAACCAGCCGUACCGUAUUACGGUUGAAAACGAGAUCAGGAGGUUCUUUGAGAACCUGAACCCCAUGGGCAGUAUGACUGAGAAGGAGUUCACUGAUUAUCUGUUUAAUAAAUCUCUGGAGAUCGAGCCACGCAACAGCAAACAGCCUCCACGAUUCCCCAGGAAGACAUCGUACCCUCUGAAGUCCCCAGGGGUGCGUCCCGUGAGACAAGUGGCGGCCGGGGGUGGGAAUCGAGGUCACCCAGCGCCAUUAGAGCGCGACCCACUGCCUAAAAUCACCUUCAGGAGCAUUGCCGAGCCCGAGACAGAGAGCAUGACCUCACUGCCCACUUCCCCCAACACACCCACCCAGACACCCCCGCCCUCCGCUUGCUCGGAACUCAACUCUGUCUUCAUAGAGCAAGACACCUGUGGUAACAGUAUUUUUGCUCCAGUCAUGCUGCCUCCCUCCAAGUUUCACUCAGUGUCCUGUGGCAGUUUACAUCAGCUAAGUGACGAGUUUCUGAAACCUCCACCACUGCCCCCCCGCAGGAAGGACGCAUCCUCAGAGAGCAAGUUGAGUUCUAGAUCAGACAGUCCACCAGCGAUCCCCCCUCGGCUGAGGACUCCUCUUCCUCUUCCUUCUCUUUCUCGAUUCUCGCGUGGAAUCAGCGAGCAGACAGACGGUUCCUCAAGCCCCCCACCACCUCCACCCCCCCGUGACCCCAUCCCUGAAGUGAUGCCCCCGGUACCUCAGCGACCCCCUGAGAGCUUCAUUAACUGCCCCAUGAUCCCGGCUGUGUCUCCGGUGGGACGCGUUCAUUGGGAUUACUGCAGCUCUCCCUCAUCCCCUUGUACCCCGCCAGGCACACCCUCACCCCGCCUCCCGCUGCCUCCCCCGGGUACCCCGUCCCCCCGCGUGCCCCGUCGUCUCUGCCCUUCCCCUGGCCCUGCCACGCCCGGCCUGUGCCACCUGCCCCCUCCUAUUCCACCUAGACACAACUCCACACCCCCCACCCUGCCCAAAUUGCCCCCAAAGACUUACAAGAGAGAGCUGUCUCACUCUACACACACACUCUCCCCACCCUCCAUACACACGCUGUCAGACAGCAGCCAGUGAGCAUGAGCGGUUCCAGUGUCCACGCAUUAAUAAAAUGCUUCUGAACUCCUUUGUGACCGGAUGGACAAUUUAACUUAAGUCCACUUUGUGCCCAGGGACAGGUGCUUGAGGACCUGUGGUGUGUGUAAAUUUUGUAUACACUGUUCACUAAUCAAGCUCAUUUUUGUAACAAAUGAUUCUCUGAAUUGGUCAUCGGCACUGUCCAGAGCGACGCUGAUGAUGUCACACAGGCUGAUGAUGUCACGGGGAGCCUGGACAGUGAUUGGAUGUUGGAGAUGGCGGACUCUCACUGCUGUUCUUCAACAUGGCCAAAGUCUUAACCGUGUACUCGGGGAGGUCAGAGGUCAAAGGUAAUUGACCCCUGUACCAAGACCCUUUUACACUGCCUUUUUUCUUACAGCCAUGACCUUUGACCUGGGACUGUGACAGCCAUGAGCUUUUGACCUUUUCCUCGGAGCAGUGGACUCCACAGUUUGCCUGGGAGUGUCGCACAGCUGACCUGUGUCUUUAUUUAAAGCCAUUACAACACCAAGAUGAUGUCUUAACAACACAAACAGUACUGUUCCCUUCAGAGAUCGCCUGUUGUUAAUAUGUGCACAUUGUUAGGAGGCGGAGCUUGUUCUCACGGCCCAAUGAUGAUGAUGAUGAUGAUGAUGACGACAUCAGACGUGCCUUUUAGACAGUUGCUGAACAAAAGUGACUUUCUAAAGCCUUCACCAUGCUCAGAACAAAGUGUACACUAUGGCUAGGGGUGUGUGUGUGUGUGUGUGUGUGUGUGUGUGUGUGUGUUCUGUGUUCUGUACAGUAUUCUUUCUGCUCUCGUGUCUUCAUUCAGCGCUGCUCAAACCCAAAAACACAACUCGCCUUAACACACUCGCUGACAAUCGUAGCAUUUCCCACAUCUCUCUCUCUCUGUAUCUCUCUCUCUCUUUCUCUCUCUCACUCUCUCUCUCUCUGUAUCUCUCUCUUUCUCUCUCUCACUCUCUCUCUCUCACUUUCUCUGUAUCUCUCUCUCUCUCUCUGUAUCUCUCUCUUUCUCUCUCUCUCUCUCUCUGUAUCUCUCUCUCUCUGUAUCUCUCUCUCUCUCUCUGUAUCUCUCUCUCUCUCUCUCUCGCGUGCACGCUUGUGCACCUCUUACAUGGUAAAGUGUUAAUCUGAAUGAAGGUGUUUCCAUCAGUUCCUGCUCUGUUAAUCCGGUUGUGUCCCAAACUGUGCCACACUGGUGUCCUGUAGAGGCUCACAGCCUAAUUUGAGAAUCACACCAUUUAGUGUACUAUUUAUGCAGUUUGGGACAUGGCCAUGGCACUGAUGUGUUGUGUCCCAAACCACAUACUCCUGUACUAAAUUAUACCCCAACAAGGUUGAUUAUAGCCACAGUGUUAGCUUCUGACCACUUCUUGUGGCUGUGUCUCAAACCAUAUACUAAUGUAUUAAACACAUUCUGAAAGUGGCACACUA